GGGCUGCAACAGCGAUGCUUUCCAUCGUCACCACUAAACAACCAGCUCCCACCACAUCUUACUAACAAAGUACCCCGGACUUUGCUCGAACAGUCCACUCAGCCGAAACAGUCGGAGUUUGGUAAAACGACAGCGAGAGGCGACCGUCCUUUUUCGAUACUCGCACCACUAAAACCACACAUCCUCAGUCGACCAUGAAUGUCGACACCAUCUCCGACUUCCUCGCCGAGCAGCGGGACAUCGCUCCAGAAGAGCUGCAGCCGCUCGUGCUCGAGUUCGAGACGUUAUGGGAGCGCAAGCUGUGGCAUCAACUUACUAAUCAACUAAUCGAAUUCUUCAACCAUCCCGGCAGCGCACCGCAGCGCUUGCAGUUCUACAAGGUGUUCGUCCUCAAGUUUGCCGACAAGAUCAACCAGCUCAAGCUCGUGGACCUCGCCCUGAAGGCGGCAACACAAUGUAGAGACAACCAGGAGCGCCUCUCCUUCAUGGAGGGGGUGGUCAAGAAGGUGGAUAAUGAGGACUCGCAAGACGCCUUGGUAUUCGCCACCAUCGCGAUGGCCCGCGUGAAACUCGACCUCAACGAUCUGGAGGGCGCAAGGAAAGACCUGGACAAGGCAGAGCGGAUCCUGGAGAGCUUCGACUCGGUCGAGACCAUCGUGCACGCAGCGUUCUACGGCGCCAACGCCGACUACUACCAGGCCAAGGCCGACUUUGGCUCCUACUACCGCAACGCGCUCCUCUACCUCGCCUGCAUCGAUAUCAAAUCUCUCUCCCCGGUCGAGCGGCGCAAUCGCGCAUAUGACCUGGCGAUCGCCGCGCUGGUGAGCACGAGCAUCCACAACUUCGGCGAGCUCCUGCUUCACCCGAUCCUCGACGCUCUCUCGGAGCGCGAGGAGGACAAGUGGCUGCGCGACCUCCUCUUCGCCUUUAACCGCGGCGACCUAACCGCCUACGAUAUGUUGGCGAACCACAUCAAGUCGAACCCCCUGCUGGCCCAGCACAGCCGGCAGCUGCGUGAAAAGAUCUACCUGGCGGCGCUGACCGAGGCCGUGUUCCGGCGCCCGCCCCACGACCGCGCCAUGACGUUCGCGACAAUUGCGGCCGAGACCAAGGUGCGACCGGGAGAGAUCGAGCACCUAAUCAUGAAAGCGCUCAGCCUGGGCCUUUUGCGCGGCACCAUUGACCAGGUGGACGAGGUGGCGCACAUCAACUGGGUGCAGCCCAAGGUACUAGACAUGAAGCAAAUUGAGAACAUGCGCGCACGGCUGAAGGAGUGGGAUUCGAGCGUCAAUCAACUGGGCAACUGGAUCGAGAAGGUCGGGCAGGACUUGUGGGCAGCAUAGACGGAGAAGUGAGUGCAAACAGAAAGCAAACGCCAUCCUGGCAUGUGUACGUGAUGAUGCCUUGCAUGAGAAUUAGACUUGGGAAAGUCUACGAAUGAAUAAGGGAGGGGUCGAGAAAUUCUUGAUGCUCUCAGCCAGGCAAAAACCGCGGAAACCGUAUCGAUUAUUCUGUGCCUAA